CAGCACUUCCCUAUCAGUAUCUGAGUAGUGCACAAACUGGUUUAAUUUGCAUUGAAAUUCAUAGUUGUGCAGGAUUCAUUUCAGUACUCCUUCCAAUACUGAACCAAUACCUCAACACAUGGCUUGGCAUUUCUUACUUUCAGAACUAACGGUGAAAAUGUCAGGGAGGUUCCACGGUGCCUUGCUGGUUCAUCUGAUGACCCACGUUCUGCCCUGUUGGGGAUGUUAGUGGCAUCACCACUGACAAGAUUGCUCUUUAGACACGUGCAAAAUACAGGGAGACUCAACUUAUCUUUGGAGUAGCCACCUUGUGAAUCAGCCUCGUGAUGAUGCUGUGGGCAGAGCCUGUGGGUUAACUGACUUGAAGAAAUGGCAUAAAUAAUCCCAGUAAUGCCAGAAUACAGAAAAGCAUUUUACAGCUAUGAAAGUGAGCAGAUUUGGGGCUUUUCAGAGCAGGUUUCAAAGCCAUUUAGUGACAGUAUACGUUGUUUUCUUUUACUCAGGGCAGUGAUUUCUUCUUUCUUUUUUGGAAAGAGGUUUGUUCCACAGCCAGGGAAGGCACUAACAUCAGGGAAGAUGCUGACAUGAGGACUCUCCUGGCUCCUCAAAGACUGUGCUUCCAUUGGCAAGCGUUCACAUUUUUGCCACGUUCUAGCGUGGAUUUGAAUAAGAAACCUCCCAGAAUGCUAUAUAAAGGACUUCCAAAGACUCAGCGUGUUAGUAACCCCACUGGAAUCACAUAAGGUGAUGAAGAUGGAGACAGAAGAUGAAAUUGCCAUUGUGGGAAUAGCAUGCAACUUUCCCGGAGGUGAAGGAAUUGAGAAUUUCUGGAAAGUGCUGGAGGAAGGCAAAAACUGCACAGUAGAAAUCCCCCCAGAGAGAUUUAAUACCGAAGAGUGGUACGAUCCAGACAGUAACAAGCCAGGAAAAAUGUAUACAACACGAGCUGCUCUUCUCAAUGAAUUUAACACAUUUGACAACCAAGUAUUUGGAAUAAAUAGUAUGGAAGCUGAAUGCAUGGAUCCACAACAGAAGUUAUUGAUAGAAUGCACGUACAAAGCACUGGAGGAUGCAGGAGUCCCUGUAGAAGCCAUCAGUGGCACCAAAACAGGUGUUUUUGUUGGCCUUAUGAAUCGAGACUUUGAAAUCAUAAGAAGCAAAUCAGUAAGUGAAAUAAAUCACUAUGUUGGUACAGGAACAGCAAUGAGCAUAGCUGCUAAUAGGGUCUCCUUCACAUUUAAUCUGACUGGACCAUCGCUGACAAUUGACACUGCUUGUUCAUCAUUUCUUUUUGCCCUGCAUUACGCCUUGCAAGCAAUGAAAUCAGGAGAUUGUGAGGCAGCUAUUUGUGGUGGUGUGAACAGCAUAAUCGCUCCCAGUACUUUUGUGUCUCUCAGUAAAGCAAAAAUGAUCUCUCCAGAUGGAAUGAGUAAACCCUUUUCCAAAAAGGCAGAUGGCUACGGAAGGGGAGAAGGCUGUGGUGUUGUUUUCCUCAAACCACUGAAAAAGGCAAUGGAAGACCACAGCAAAAUCUGGGGUGUUAUAAACAUCAGUGCAGUCAAUCAGAAUGGUAGGUCUAUAACGCCGAUCACAAGGCCAUCUCAAAUAGAGCAGGAGAAGUUGCUGCGCAGCAUUUAUGAAGGUCAUGUGGAUCCCUCAGUUGUGCAGUAUAUUGAAGCUCACGGGACGGGAACUGCUGCUGGAGACCCCACGGAAGCUGAAAGCCUUGGCAAUGUCAUCUGUAAAAACAGACCUUCACAAGUUCCUGCUCUGAAAAUUGGUUCGGUGAAAGGAAAUAUUGGCCACACCGAAUCAGCUGCUGGAGCAGCAGGUUUGAUCAAAGUGCUUCUGAUGAUGCAUCAUGGGAAGAUUGUUCCAUCUUUGCAUUACUCAAAGGAGAUGAGCAGCAUCGAUACAGAGAAGUUAAACCUUGCCAUUCCCACCGCGGUGGAGCCCUGGGAAGAUUCCGGUGAGUACGGAAGAGUAGCUGGCAUCAACUGCUUUGGAUUUGGAGGAACCAAUGCCCAUGUUGUAGUCAGGCAGGUUAAGCAGCCAGAGCCUCUUCCUGCCUUUAAGAGGCCGCUGGAAUUAGUCCUGCUGUCCGCAGCAUCAGCUAAGUCCCUUCAGAUGACAAUGGCAGACACAGCUGCGCAUCUGAGUACAAGAAACUGCGUAACUCUGCCAAGCGUGGCCUAUACAUCUGCCUGCAGAAGAAGCCAUGCCAACUACAGGUACCGAAAAGCAUUUGUGGCAAACUCUCUCCGACACUUGCAGCAAGAAGUUACGUCGGCAGCAAGCACUGACUUUGCCACGUCCAAGGUGGAUCCUCAGCUGGUGUUUGUGUUCUGUGGCAACGGCGUAACACUGAAGGAGUUCAGUGAGGCACUGCUGAGCUCAGAGCCGGUGUUCAGAGACAAGUGUAAGGAAGUAGAAGCGCUCUUUCGGAAACACGCUCCCAUCAGCCUUCUGCCAGCAAGAGGUCGCAGCUCAAAGGAGUUGCUGAAUCCAGAACUCUCCCAGCCCAUGCUCUUUGCCCUGCAGGUUGCCUUAGCUUCUCUUCUAAAGUACUGGGGCAUUAAGCCAGUGGCUGCAGUUGGCCAUUCCGUGGGGGAAGUUGCCGCAGCACAUUUUGCAGGGUACCUUUCCCUGGCAGAUGCGGUCAAAGUGAUAUAUCACCGGAGCAGGCUGCAGGCCAAGACUGCCAGGGGCAGAAUGCUGGUGGUUGGAAACAUCCCCGUUCAAGAGAUUGCUGAACAUCUGCAUCGCUACUCGGGAAAGGUGUGCAUUGCAGCUUUCAACAGCCCAGUUUCCUGCACCUUGUCUGGAAAUCCAGAUGAUGUGGACUUGGUCCAGAAAGAUCUAGCAGAAGCUUUCAGCCACAGAAACAUCUUUCUUCAUGUCUUAAAUGUCCCAGCUGCCUACCACAGCCCUAGCAUGGAUGUGAUACUUGGGGAGUUGGAGCAGAGCGUAGAGCCUUUAGAAGUACAGAAGGGUGACGUUGAAGUAAUUUCAACUCUGACCGGGGCAGCUGCUUCUGCAAAUGACUUCACUCGUGGCAAAUUCUGGGCGCAGCAUACUCGUGAGCCAGUUGCUUUCACUCAAGCCAUAGCGACUGCAGCUAGAGACAGGGAAAAUGUAGUGUUUGUUGAAAUAAGUCCUCAUAGAGCGUUGCAGAGAAAUAUAAAAGAGACUCUAGGGAAAGUCACCAAGGUUUUCCCUUCUCUGCAGUCUGAUGCAGAGUAUCAGGCACUCUUUAGUUUGGUUGGAAAUCUGUUUGAAUUGGGCUAUAACCCCAACUGGCACCACUUUUAUGAUGGAUAUCAAAGCAUUCCAGUAACCAUUCCACGAUAUCAAUUUGAUCGUAAAAGAGCUGUGGCUUCUCUGGAUACCCGCCAACAAGCAAAUCAAAGAGACGUUGGCUCUGGUCAUCCUUUGAUUUAUGUCAUCAACAGUGACAACACGCAGUUUGGCUGCCUGCUCUCCCAGGACACCACAUCCUACUUAUAUGAGCACAAGAACAACGGUGUGGCUUUAGUUCCUGGUGCUUUUUAUGUGGAGCUUGGUCUGGCCUGCGUGAUGAGCAGCUCAGGACCUAAAAUGCCUCUGAGUGCUUGCCAGAUGAGCGUCAGUUUUUCAGCGCCGUGCGUUCUCACACAGAGUUCCCAAGUCUUGAAUAUCAAUCUGAGUCCACAAAAAGCAGCGACAGCCUUUGAGAUACUCUCUUCCUCCAACGCAGUUUACGCUUCAGGCCAAGUUAGAAAGGUGCCUGAGGCUGUGGUGGAAGAAAGCACCAUCUCCUUCCAAGAGGUCUAUCACAGAUGCACGUCAGUGAUUAGCACAGAGAAGGUCUAUGAAGCACUGUCUCAGAUUGGCUUUCAGUAUGGCUCCGUAUUCAGGCAGCUCAGGGAUGUGCAUUAUUGCCAGGAACUAAAGGAAGCUAUAACAAGCAUCAAGGUGAACAAGGAGACUCUCGGAGAGAUGUACAGCUACUGUAUCCACCCAGUGCUGCUGGACUGUUUUAUGCAGAUGACUGCUGUCAUGAUCUCAAGCACGCAGCAGUCCAGAGCAGGCUUUCCUUCAGGGAUAGGCAGCCUGGUGGUGCUGCGACCUCUGGAGGAAGAAAUGAUGAUAUAUAUGAGAACAAGCAAAUCCAUUGGGAACUGCUUUGAGGUCUGUGGAUGCUUCAUGGACAAACACGGGUCCGUUUUGGCUGAACUCAAGCGUGUUGCCAUCACUUUCAUGAAACCAGUGUCUUCCAGAGACAAUGAGUUCAUGUUUGAGAACAAGUGGUCAGAAGUUUCUCCGUCAAAGAUGAUUGGUCAUGUAGAAGCAGUGCCUAGAGUCCUAGUGUUUGCUGACAAAUUUGGGAUAGCUGAGCAGCUCAGAAAAUAUUUGCAUCCUGAUUCCAGAUACGUUAUGUAUGAAGACUGGGAAUCCCUCUUGGAAGUCCACGCAGGGAAUAAGAUGAAAGCAGAGGUUGAGGAUUACAAUGAAGUUCUCUUCCUGUGGGGAAUUCAAAAGGUGAAUGAAGAGCUCCCAAGUAAGGUGGUCGACCAGCUCUCCAAGUGUUGUGAAGCCUAUCGCCAAGUUAUCGUGGCGUUAAGAGAGAAAAGUUCUCCCUGUUCAAUCCGAGUGAUCAGCUACAGAACAACAGAAAGAAAUGUAGACCACGUUAACUGUGGGUUUGCAUUGCAUGGCAUGACCAGAACUUGUGUUGUUGAAGUUCCAGAAAUCACGUUUCAGAUAAUUGACCUCAGCUCUUCCAGCUCCCUGGACAUCUCAACAUUAUCAGAUGUCCUUGUCAAAUACAGAGGAAAGGAUUAUCCGGAAGUCUACAUCAGCCAAGGAAGAAUUUAUGCAUCUGAAAUCAAACGCACUCCUUUUGUAGAUGAAGAUUACAGCCAGCAUGUACGGUCUCUCCAGAAUUCAGAAACAUUCACUUUGUACACUGCUGAUCCAUACUCAGCAAAAGACUUGUCUGCUGAACUAUCCACCAGCACUGCUACUCAGCUGGAAAAUCAAAGUGUUGAGAUUCAAGUGGAUAAGAUCUGUAUCCACUCUGAAGAUUAUUUUCCCAUUAGUGUUUCUAGUCAUAACUUUGGCAAUGCACUCUACUGGAAUUCCCAAGCAGCAGACAAACACAGACUUUUAGCUCUUGAUUUCAGUGGCACAGUCAUUGCAAUAGGCACAGCUGUGAAGAAGGUUAAAGUGGGUGAUCGCGUGGUUUCAUGUUAUCCGGCAGCUGCAUCAUCCAGAAUUCAGGUCCCAGGAACUGUUUGUUUAAAUGUAAAGAAAUUUCCGUGCUUUCAGACCGUCCCUUGUGUGUCCUACUUCAUCAUUGCAUGGGAGAUCUUAAAUCAGAGGUUACCCAAGGGGAAGCACGGCAGAACUUUGGGAAUUAUUUCUACAGAACCAUCAUCAGUGUUAUGCCGUGUUCUUUCUGUGGCAGCAGAAGAGGUGGGCUGGAAAACAGUACUUGCAAGGCCCACUCCUGAUAUGCUGCAGCAUGUAAAUGCAUGCAAUGCCCUUGUUGUUCUUCCUUCAGUAGGGAGACUGUCUCAGGAGGAUUUGGCACACAUGUACUGUCUGAAAGACGUGGUGAUAGUAUGUGGCCAUCAGCAAUCGGAAUGUAUUCAGAGCGUCAGUGGACUUGAUCAUGAACAUAUCAGCUUUCAUAUUCUCAUCCUUAGCAGUAUCUUCCAGAAGGCAUCUCUAAAGGAACUCCAAAAGGCUGUGCGGGUGUGGAUCGGUUCUUUAGAUAUGAAACGGUUCAGACAUCUACCAGGCUCUGUCUUCCAGCAAACUGAGAACUUUGAAAGGCCGCAGUCUGUGGUGUGCUCUUUUACCUGCAAAUCUGUCCCACUUGCUGUACUGAGAAAGCAGAAGGACAUCCCUGUUCUUUCAGAUAUCCCAUUGUAUGGAUCUGAGAAGAAGAUAUUUAAGCCGAACGCUGUUUACGUAGUAGCAGGGGGGCUGACUGGCCUUGGCUUUGAAACUGUGAAAUUCAUUGCGGCGAAUGGAGGAGGGUGUAUUGCAAUACUGUCCAGGAAAAUUCCGAGCAAGGAGAAGCAAGAAGAGAUGAGGGAUUUGCAGAUGAAGUAUGAAGGCAGCAAAAUAGUGUUUGUGCAGUGUGACAUUACUUUGACCAGCGAUGUUGAGGAAGCUUUCCAGAUCAUUGCAAAAUUAUUUGAAGGGUGUCCAAUCAAAGGUGUCUUUCAAAGUGCUGUUGUUUUACACGAUGGUCGCCUUGAAGUUCUGAAGUUUGCUGACUUUCAGAAAGUGCUAAGCCCCAAAGUGGCAGGGACUCUAAAUCUUCAUUGGGCUACAAGAGGCCAACAGCUUGACUACUUUGUGUGCUACUCCUCCAUUACUUCCUUUCUAGGAAACUCCACGCAGGCAAACUACGCAGCUGCAAACUCUUUCCUGGACGUCUUCUGCCUCUACAGGAGGAACUGUGGUCUUUCGGGCCAAUCCAUCAACUGGGGUGCUUUGAACCUCGGCAUAUUGCUCAAUCAAAACCAGAUUCAGAACAUUCUGGGAUCCAAGGGCAUAGAUAUUCUGGAAGUGCAUGAGAUUCAUGAGUAUCUCAAGAAGAGCUUACUUUCAAAUAACCCUCAGCAAGCUGUUGUCAAAUUAAAUUUUAAAACUUUAUUUAAUCAUGUUUUUACUCGGAUUAUUUCACUUAAAAAUCGGUUUACAUCACUCAUGUUAGAAGAAUUUGGAAGCAAGCUUGAACCCCCUGAGAAAUCUCAAGUCCAGGAUACUGCUUCAGUCAAGUCUGAAGACUAUAUUACCUCACUGAUGGCUGACCUCACUGGACUGAACCCAGAUGAACUGGCCAUGAAUACUCCACUUUCAUCAUUGGGCAUCGACUCUAUGUUAGCCAUGACAAUUCAGAACCGUGUCUUUCAAGAAAGAAAGGUGGACAUACCUCUUCUGAAACUACUUGAUCCUCACACCACUCUGUCAAGUUUAGUAGUAGUUUUAGGAGAAACAACCAAUGCAGAUGGAACUGUAGAGAAAAAAAUGUCUGCAGUUGCAAGUGGAGAACAUGAGAUUCGGCUGUAGGAAUCAUUUCUUUCAAUAAUUAUGUAAAGAUGAUUAGACCCUUUGCAGGAUCUCAAUAAUUUUCUGAUUCUUGUUACAGGUAUAAAUUGGACAUCUUUCUAAUGACUGUUUUUAGGUGUUGUGAAUGUAAGGGUUUUCUUUUUCAACAAUUCAGAAUUUGUAUUUUGCUUAUACAAAAAUUUUAAAAAUUGUCAGUAAAACAACUGUAUUUGUUAGCCUUUUAUGAAAGAGCAUAUAAAUGAAAAUAGUAACAUUUUUUAAAAUGCAAAACUGCAAGUGUAUCUCUGUGCUGUUUUAGUUUUUAUCCUUCCUGCACCCUCCAAUUUUAAAUGUUCCUAAUAACAACAAUUACCCCUACUUUACUUCCAAGAGAAAAUACUAACUUUCCCUGUAGUACACUGAGGAAACUUGGUCACUAAUUGAUUAAAAUGAGGACAGUGUCCUUGUAUUGUUUAUCCAUUUUAUAUCCAGUUACCACUUCCCAUCAGAUUUCUCUUGCAGUUCUGGCAGCAUCUGGACUUACCCUAAUACAGGGUUGGCACAUCACCUGGCUGAGAAGGGAAGCCACCUCUGUAAUAGUGGAAGUUGAGUUUAUUGUCAGUAUCUUUCAUAAAUUGGGCAGGCGGCUGUGAUUUGUUCAAAACUGAACCAGCAUUAGAUCCUUUUGUUAUUUUAUGUGAGAAAAGGUCAUUUGCACACCCAUGAAGAGCAGAAAGAGUCAAUGGUAGGUGAUGGAACCUAGUUUAUUUUCCUCCCAUGGCUGUGCCCAGGCCUAUCAUAAGAAGAAUUCACCUAUUAAAGGCCCCUCCCCAUACAUCCAAAGGAGCACAGAGAGCACAAAGGCCCAAUGACAAUCAAGAAGCCAAAUUAAGGACUCAGAGGAAGAGAUAUCCUGCUUGGGACCAUCUCAGUGCUAUCUCAGGGGAGCCUCAGCCCCCGUGUCAAGGUAUGACAGCCAUCAAGAUCAGACGAUACUGGAACAGCCUUUGAACUGAGGGUGGUUACUGCCUAGGGCUAGUGGGACGCCUCAUGGUACUCAGGGAAAGAAUAUUUCAGGACUGCGCUUGUGUGUCAUUUAGGAGAAGAACACAAGUUUAUAAAAGGGAGGGAUCUAGGUGAUUUGAGGAGCAACAAGCAUGGGGGACAGAGGGAUAAGGAGAUAAAGCAAGCCUGUUGUGUGCCAGCGGAUGGCUGAUCAUUACAUUUGGCCAUGCUUUAUAGCUGAUCAGUAUAUCUACCCUUCUGUCCUAUCUUCUUCCUAAAUUCCUUUCAAUCUCUUCUCCUGGGUGAAAGACUCUCUAACUUGUGUGUAUGCGUAUGAUGUUACUGAUAUAGGUAAGAAACAGUGUGUUUCAGGGUAGAGCUCUGAAGAACUCUGCUUGUAACUGGUCUUUGGAAAGAAUGUGAACCUUCACUUUUUGAACCUGAUGAUGCAGCCAAAUUUUCACCACAGGACUAGUCCACUCAAUGAGAGCAUAAUAUCCCAACUAGUAAUAGCUGCCAAGAGUGCCAGCUCAACAAAUGCUACCUCUUGUCCUCUCUUUUGCUUCAAAUAUGAAGAAAAAGUCAGGCACACUUACUACGGACAGGCAUGAUUAGCUUUUCUUAUUUGAGGCACAUGAAACCUCACUGAAGAAAUCAUGUAGGGAGCAAUCCAGUCCAUUGCAGAAUGAGAAGUAUGAAAGAUGGCUAUUUCUCAGAGGCUGCCCUCAUUGCAAAUGUCCCUUGGUCCUUUGGAUCUCAUUGCAAAAUGUCUCUUGGUCCUUUGGAUGCGUGAUUAUCUCACAAUGAUGAAGCCCCAGAGUGUCUUGGCAGAUGAUUUCUUGCCAGUAGUUUCAUCAUGACUGGCAGUAGCAGACACAACUGCCUUUGAUUGCUGGAACUACUGCAAAAGAAUUAGCAAAUGAGUGUUCAAGGAAUCCAGUGUAGGGCGGUUGCUGACAAAAUCCUUCAUGAUAUUGAAGAAGUGUCCUGAAAUCCAUCCCCUUGUAUUCUGAAACUGUUCAACUGGCUGUUACAUCAAAAUCAGGAAGGGGAAGCAAGAGAUAUAUGUCGAUGCAGUCUGAUGACCAGAAUUAAAUAUCCUAAUUAUUACAUGAUUUAGCAGAGCUGGGGAAGGGAGAUCUGUCAGGUCUUCUAGACAUGCUUUGAAUAGGGGGGCUAAAUCUCAAGGGUGUAGUAUUGCUGAAUGAUUGAAGUUGGAAAUGACCUCUGGCAGCCAUCUGGUCAAGUCUGUUGGCCACAGUAAGGCCACCAGUUGGAUUGCUUGUAGCCUAUUCUUGUGAAGUCCUAAAUAUCUCCAAGUAUGUAGAUUCCACUGCCUCUCUGAGCAACCUGUCCUACUGUUUGAUUACUCUCACUGUGAACAUUUUUGGCCCAUAGAGCUAAUCAGUGUUGUCCAAACACUUCUCGAUAUCUGACAGGCUUUGUGCCUUGACUGCCUUUGGGAGCCUGCUCCAGUGCCCAACCACCCUCUCAGCGCCAAAACUUUUUGUAGCCAGCAGGUCAAUAGAAGCGAUUGUCCCCCUCUACUCUGAUUUCAUGAGACCCCAUCUGGAGCACUGUGUACAAAUCUGUUCCCCAACACAAGAAAAAUGUGGAAAAGGUCCAGAAGUAAGCCAUAAAGAUGUUCAGAAGCUGGGCUUGUUCAGCCUGGAGAAGAGAAGGUUCUGAAGAGACCUCAUUGCAGUCUUACACUAAUUAAAGGGUCUUAUAAAGAAGAACAAGAGCAGCUUUUUCCAAGGACAGGCAGUGAUAGGAUGAGGGAGAAGAAUGUUAAAUAAGAAGGGGGGAUUCAGGUUAGAUGUUAAAAAGAAAUUCAUUACUCAGAGGGUGGUGAGGCACUGGAACAGGUUGCCCUGAGAUGAUGUGGAUGCCUGGAGGUAUUCAAGACCAAACCGGACCGAGCCCUGGACAUACUGUAGAGAGUCCAAUGAAAGGCAAUACUGGACCUGGAGCAUCUAUCCUGAGGAAAGGCAGAGGGAGUUGGGACUGUUCAGCAUAAUGCAGAGAGGACUCAAUGUCUAACAAACACCUGAAAUGAGGAUGCAAAGAGGAUGGAUCCUCCCAGCUGAUUCCAGAGCUUGUAUCCCCAGCUCCUGAGGCUGUUACACACAUUCAGCACUGUAGGCAGUGAAGCUGGGUUAAGUAUACAUGAACAUCUCACGUACACCUUCACAUUGUGUAGUUAUAAUCUGUUGAUCAAAGCCUUGGUAAAGUCAGGUCUGACCACAAGGCCAAAGCACCAACUCUGGCUGAAUGCACUGCUGCUUUCUGGCUUUCUCUUACCCAAGCUGCCUCUGCUGGGCCAGCAGCAGUGCCCAGCCAAACACUGUGGGCAAAGCCAGGCUCUCAUCACCUCCCGAUGGCAUUUGUGUUCUGAGGGGGUGAUAGGGCAGCUCCUGCCUUCCACGUCUUUGCUUUUGGUUGCUGCUCAGGAUCUGCCAUAAAGGGGCCAGAAUAUGUGAAUAAAACCAAGAGCACCCUAACCCACACGUAGUAAGAAUAAUAAGAAAGCUGAUUUUGAAAAAGGCUCUGGGGAUGUGCAUUUCAGCUGCAGCUGGCGCAGGGAGCAUUUGGCAGUCCUACAGCAGCAGGUCACAGUGCAGAGGAGCACAGCAGUGGCAGGGUGCUGAGGGCCCUUUUGCUUCUGCCUGCCAAAUGUGUAGGAGAUAUAAGCAGAAAGACAGAGUGGGAAAUGCAAGCAGAUGACACAGUAAAUAGGAGAUACGUUAGAUGGCCUGAAACCUGCAAGCAGCUGGAA